CCUCUUCCCUGACCUAUCCUCUACCACCACCAUCCCUUAGAUCAAUCCCCUCCGCCAUGCGUGUCUCUGCCCGUCCUACCAUCGCCUCGUUCCGUCAGAUCAUCUCGCGUCGAUUCGCUUCGACCGAGGCUCAGAACCCCCAGGUCAAGGCCGCCGUCGAGUCGGCUACCAAGGCCUACGACAACGCUCUCGGAUCGGCCAAGAGGGUCGCUGGACCUAUCGGGGAGCGUGUAGGAAGCAUGAUGGGAGGCUACAAAGAUCCCAUCGUCUACAACUUCAAGGUCCUCGCCUCGCUCGCCCGUCAAGUCUACAUCGCCGAGAAGAUGGCACCCCCGACGAACCUCUCGGCGUACGUCAACUCGUACGCCAACAUCUGGUCCAACGCCGUCUCGCCCAACUUUUGGAAGGGGCUCGCUCAGAACGGACAGUGGGCCAAGGUUGGAGUCGUCGGCCUCGAGGCAUACGGUAUCUUCAAGAUCGGCGAGAUCAUCGGUCGAAGGAACCUCGUCGGGUACAAGUUGCAAGAGUAAACUCGGUCAUCACGGGUGUAUUCUUGAUAUGAAACAAAAUGAGGACAAAGGGGAAGAUAUGAGGAAGAGGAGGAGAGAUCGUCCCUGAUGGCGAUGGUGUAUGAUCAUAGUGACGGUGUUGGGGAAUUAUGCAUGGUCAGAAUCAGUACGAGGCCAGCGGCCUGGUCAGCACUUCGAGAGCAUAUUGCUGGGAGUGAGGCGAGAUAAUCAGGCGACGGCUAGUGGACCGUGGCGAAUGUCAGGUGCUUGCU